UAAUACGGUCAGCAGCAUCAAACGAAUCUUUAAGGACAAAACCAUUAACCGUUAGAGGGCCUAAUAAGUUUGAUAAGAACUUAGCUACUGAAUAAUAACAAGUACCGGUCGUGUCUAUGUCUUAGGGGUGGAAUAUUAUCAAAAUCUUUAUGUAAUUUAGGUAGUCCAUGGGCUCUAGCAGGCAUGGUUGAUACUGGACGAAUUUCUUUGUAUUCAGUUUCAGUUAGUUCAUUUCUAUUAAAUAGUGUCCGGAGGUAGGCUUGUAAGGAGUUAGCUGCGUGGUUAAUGAACAAUUAGACAGUUUCUUAAACUUAGUUGAAUCAGAGAACAAGUUCGCCAUAGAUAUGAUAUAAUCAGUUUUCUUCAUUAUCGCAACACCAUUUCCUGGGAAGCAAUUAGAAACUAUGGACACAGUUCACCCAAACCUAGGUUAUCAAAAUAUGUAUACCGAUGUCGAUAGUAUUUCACUUGCUUUUGACAACCGAUCGAUAUUCUGUAUCUGUAUCUGACUAUUACUGCAUAACGGACGGUGUAUUUUUCUAAUUGGUCUUUGGAACGUACCAGAUCGCUUUGCAAUGUUAUGUCUGAUUGUUAUUAGUAUUUCGCAACUGCUAAUGCAAAUAAAAAUAAUGAAUGUUGCAGUGAAGAUGUCAAAAUCUCUGCAAAAUGAAUCAACAUCCAGAAAUGAAAUGAAAGCUCUCAAGACGACUAUUUUGAUCAUCAUUACAUACUACGGAUGCUUCCUUCCAAAGUCUUAUUUUAUAGUCAUACGACUUUCAGCCUUUACAGGCUAUCCAUCUGAAGCUACUCAGGUUUCUCCUGUACUGAACAAGAAAACCAACCAAUCGUCAACCUCGUCAUCAACUCAGACCAAGGCACGUCAAUUGCAAUUUCAUGUCGUUGAUCCACAUGAACUUGUAGAAACUAAGAAUCCGCGUGGUAGAGGGCGACCUCGUCGAUCUCCGAAGAAGUUUUCCCCUGAUGAACCAGAAUCGUCAACCCGAUCGGUGUCAAAUAGGAAGAGACAAACAGUUGUAAUAAAUAAUAGUCCUACUCAUCAUCAUUACCAGCCGAAUUCAACGUUUGAAAUUCUUAAUGGACAGAGUCUAAAUCAUUUCGCUAAACAUAUCGGCAAUCAGUUUCGGCAACCGUCCUCACCUCCAGCCGGAAGUCAAGCAACUGACGUCCCACUCUUACAGUUUGGUUUAUAUGGCACUCGUUUCGAGACGGCCGUUACUACAUGUGAUUUGUCUCCCAACAAACCUACAGAAAAUGCUGAGAUUCCUUUUAUAUUCCCAGAGAACUGCUCCGAAAUAUCAACAUCAAAAGAUGGACAGACAGUUGUAAAAACACUAACGCAGUUGCAGAACGUAAUCACACCUCACGAAGAGGAUCAUGGGAGAACGGAUAUAGUAGCGUAUAAUGAACAUCUCGGUCUUGAAACCCUCAGCUCAGUAGCAAUAGCCAAAAGUUUAGCAGACUCCAGUCUCCAAGCGUCAAAUACGUGUAAUAAAAAAGCUGUGAAUUCACAUGAAUGCCCAGAAUGCGGCAAACGGUAUAGCACAUCGAGUAACUUAGCAAGGCAUCGCCAGACACAUCGUAGUCUAUCUGACCAGAAAGCAAAGAAGUGUCCACACUGUGAAAAGGUGUACGUUUCUAUGCCAGCAUUGAGCAUGCACAUAAGAACUCACAAGUUGGGAUGCAAGUGCCAAAUCUGUGGAAAGUGUUUCAGCAGGCCGUGGUUGUUGCAGGGUCACAUACGCACACACACUGGAGAAAAACCUUUCCGUUGUCCAGAAUGUGGCAAAGCUUUUGCCGACAAGUCCAAUCUCAGAGCUCAUAAGCAGACGCAUUCAAACGUGAAGCCGUAUAUCUGCAAGAAGUGCAAUAAAGCUUUUGCUUUAAAAAGCUACCUUUACAAGCAUGUAGAAACAGCUUGCAUUCGAGACGUAGACGCGCGCUUGUAUGAGAACGUAGCAAUGGCAACGGCACAAGUUAGUUGAUCGGCCCAUCAAGAAACACAAUACAAUCCCAGUAAAAAGAAAGGUUAAAUUUCUAAUAAAUAAAUAAAUGAAUAACAGUAUCUAUAAUAAAUUUGGGAAACUUUAUUGUCUUUCAUUGUUAUUUAUGCUAGAAUCACCAAUCAUUUACUUCGUAAUAUUAAACAAAUUGCUCCAUCUAGCGCCCCUCACUUUGCGUGCCCAAAUAAGAUCCUCAAAAUGAUACCCCUCUACGUCACUGUUAUUAACACUGUUAAAUUAGACAUGUUUCAUUUGUUUGAGUCAAUUGAUUUUUUUUAUUACAAAUCUCAUUUUACUUCAAAAUCGUAAUUAUAUAGAAGCCUUUCACACUAGAUAAUAGGCAGUUUUCGCCGCACGACGUUAACCUUAACUUUAACGUUAGUACCCAACAUACAGCGCGAUAGCUCCGCCCCUUUUGUAAAGAAAUCGAAAUACGCAUGUGCAGACCCGUAACAAACGUACGUCGAGCACGUAAAAUCCGCAACGCAAGAUGAAUACAUUAUGACGUCAUCCGUUAACGUUAAGGUUAACGUCGUGCGGCGAAAACUGCCUAAUACAAUAGUGAAAGCUGUAACGUAUAUGUUGUUAAUUGUACAAUAAUUAUGUUUGUGUGUUUGCUGUGAAUCGUUUUACCAAAUUUUUUGAUGUAGGAAUCAUUUUGUCUAUCGAUAUUAGAUUCCAUUGUUCUCUUAAUUUAUUUGAAAUAUUUCAACUUAGUAUUGUGAAUUUUAGUUGCAAUUGAUCAUCUUAGGUGAAAUAAGUAGGGAAUUUUGUGCAUAUUUUGUUAUAGUAACAACAAUAUUCUAGAGAGUUUAGGUUAAUCAAAUGUGUUCAUCAAUCAAUGCUGUAGCCAGGAUUUUCAAACCGGGGAUAAUAAUCAUGGUGGCUCCACUUAACGCAUUGAAAUUUAAAGAGUGUGAACCCAUUUUCCUAAACGUGGAGCCAAUAUACGCAUAAUAUGAGAACUCUGUAUUAAUUUUUCAAAUUUUUCAUUUUGUGCAUAAAACAGCAUAAUUUAGACCUAUUUUUAAAAAUGUGGACUCAUUCUUUACAUAAUAAUGUGGACCCAAUAGAAACAUUCUGCGAGGCUGUCCCAAUUGUCCCAAUAGCUGGCUACGGCAUUGUCAGCAAUACUAUCAUAGGGACUACCUUGCUGUUUGGAUUAAUGCUGUUUUGGUAAUGGAUUAAGUAUUGAUACUGUAUCAACUUUGCAACAACUCAGAUAUGCGUGUUAAAACUAUAAUUUUAGUGAGUGUACCGCUCUGAGACCUUCAAACAAUGUAUAAGUGCUGCGGUCUAUAUUCGGUCAUUUACGGUAGGCCUAAUUUUGCUGAGCUUUCUUAUAAAAAAGGCCUAAUUUUUAAAGGUUUAUGUAAUAUAUGGAUUUUACCUGUAGUUAAGCUUGAAUAUUUGAUACACUGAUUGAUAAUAAAAGACAGUAAACAGA